CUACUAUUACCCUGUAAUCUAGAAGUAGACAUAGUUCAUAGUAUGGAUCCCAAACAAAUUGGCAGCCUUGUGUGUUAUGGCCGUGGUAAAAAUGACAAGAGUGAUUGCUGUGCUCUUUCUAUGCAACCUAUUAUUAGACGUCGGAGGUCGUCUCAGGAUGACACUGCUGGUGUGAUUGAACCCAGUUCACUUGACGCAGCUGGGUUACCUUCAGAUCAGUGUACGCGUGAAUUUUCUGCUCGCUGCAAUCGCAAAUACCAUAGCGGUACAAAAAACACACCUCCUCCUGUUGAUAUGGCUGUAUAUAAGGGAUUAAGGCAGCAUGUUGACUUUAACAAUCGAGAGGUGGUCACUGCGUUACCGGGUGUUAAACCUCCACUAACAGUUUCGGCACUUCAAGGGAAGAUAAGGGAGCAGUAUGCACGCGUUCACGGGGCUACAUCGGCCACGCUUACUGGCACCAACACGGUGUUCAAGCCUUUGGGUAUCAAUACAAAUGCCCCCAAGAGUGAGCGUGAAGCCAACCGACUGCGCAGCAUGGGCCACUGCAGGAUAUUUUUCGAUACACUGGACAACGAUUCCACACAAUCCGUAGUUGAAGUACCUGAUUCAAGGGCAAUUUGCGCGGAUACUACCCACGAAUCAGGUGUUGUAUCCAAUACUGUUGUGGAUCCCUUACCAUUAGAGCCGGUUCCAAAGGAAUUAACUAUUAUUGGUGGCACUCGUACAGUAUAUUCCCGUGAUGCGCGAUGGCAGGUUGUAACUAUGCACAUGGUAUCCAUUGAUCCCUCGAUGACUGACCGUGAGAUAGAGAACAUAGCUCGUGAGGCUGAUAUGCAGGUAGUGACGCUUAAUUUGGACCGUAAUAUCAUAUCACAUCUUUGUAAUGGUACUGGUACAAUAACUUGUCGUCAUACUGGUGGUGAAGCGGGUUUGUUACGCUUUACUAAUCUUUUGGCACAGCGCGGGAUACAACUGUAUGUAACUGAUCUAAUAUCGAAACCGGAUACCAAGGUUACAAGUUGACUGUCAUCUGUAUACUAAUAACUCCCGGUACUCGGGAUAAACGGAUAGU